AUGGGAGAGAGCUUCAACGAAAAAGAUGAUAUCAAGAGAAGAGAUUAUGAUGUCUUCAAUGAUCCUUCAAGUGACGAGUUCGAGGCCCAUGACACCGAUCCAGACUCACUUCAUGACAAGCAGCAUAAUUAUCCACAGCACGUGGCUAAGGAAUUUCCUAGCAGUCCCCCUGUGCUUCCCCAAAUGUUGGAAUUCGACAUUUCCACCACUACUCAAACGGUUCCGGAUUCUCCGGUGAAUAUCAAUCCUGGUUUGGCAAGUUUGAACACCUCUCCGGUCCAAAAGCAUAAACCCAGAGUCAUUGAUCACAGAAGCUCGGAACCAGAUUUUGGCAUCGGUCCCUUCAAUCGUUUCAAGACCUCCAGCUACAUUGCAUGUCCUUCGACUGACACGGAUUAUGCGAGCGAGCCUGAUCCAGCGGUCUCCGCCUCGCUGUACGCUUUGGCAAGAAAUAAGCUUUUGCAGGCAUUUGAAGACGUAACUGCCUCGGUUAGUUUGGAAGGAAUGGGUCUCACAGAGGUGCCAGAAGAGAUUCGAGACUUGAAUAAUUUAGUCAUCUUUUCGCAAGACCCAACCAAAGACUUGUACCAGUUGUACUUGACAAACAAUCGGCUACGGUCUCUUAAUCCAGCUUUGUUUGCUUACACUAAGCUCAAUGUCUUGAGUUUGCGCCAAAAUCUCCUUCGGUCUAUUCCUGCCAGCAUAAAGCAUCUCACGAACUUGUGUGAUCUCAACAUUGCAACAAACCAUCUACGCUACUUACCAGUUCAAAUUCUUGACCUCCCAAAGCUUAGCACAUUUAGAGCGGGACCCAAUCCAUUCAUUUCCAUUCCUGUUGAUGCCAUUCAGAUACCGGAGUCCGAGGUCCCCUCUCCGAAGUUUGUCAGCCAAAUCAUUGAACACUUUGAGAAAUCAAACGUCCCCACUUUGAAGGCCUUAUGUUUGCAUACCAUUGCUAAAUAUGACGUGACGUACAGCGAGACGCAUUCCUGGAAGCGCCAUACCCCUCGUGUCGUACAUCACUUAAUAGCAAAGGCAAUCGCAAAGGGCAUGUUUGAGGAUACUUGCAGUGAAUGUGAAACUGUCAUAGUGGAACCAUACGCAGAGGUGUACGAGUGGUGGGAUUUCCUACAAAACACUAAUGUACCCUUCAAACGAGAGUUUUGCUGUGGCAAAUGUGUCGGUCAAUACAAACUGAGAACAGGAUAUUAUCGCUAA